AAAGAUGGCACAUCAACCGUGUUCAUCGUCAUCUUUCUCAAAUGAUUCGGGGUCAGACUACAUUGUAAAUUUGAACGUUGGCGGGAGGAUAUUUGCUACAAGUUGCAACACGCUCACCUGGAUUCCGGAUUCAUUUUUCACUAGUCUGUUGAGCGGUCGAAUGAAUAGUGUUAAAGAUCCGAGUGGUGCCAUUUUUAUUGAUAGAGAUCCUGACUUGUUUCGAGUUAUUUUGAACUAUUUGAGAACGAAACAAGUUGAUUUAUGUGGUAUAAAAGUCGACACUUUGAAACAUGAAGCUCUUUUCUUCGGACUAACUCCACUAAUCCGCCGUCUAACUUUAUGUGAAGAACUGAGUUCAACUUCAUGUGGAUCUGUGUACUUUUGUGGAAUGAUCCCACCACCUGAUAUGCCUCUUGAAAACUUACCAAAUGAGAAAAGUCGCUCACCUAUGUAUUCUAAUUCUUCUGAAACAUCGACAAAUAAUUCCAAGAAUAAAUCAAACGGGUCGCCCAGACAUCGUGGACAUUCCAAAAAACAGUCAACGGAUAUGAGUAGAUAUAUAAAAAAUGAGCUAUCUGAGCUAGCAAAGUCGAAAAGUCAACCAGACCGCGACACGGAUCCAAUGAAAGUUCGAAUGAUUCGAGCACAUAUAUGUUCAAUUGUUGUAGCAUAUUCCUACUUUGUAUGUGUAUAUAGAGUUACUGAAUGGAAUACAUAUGUUCUAUUGUGGAAAUCUCCAAGAGCACGUACCUAUGUAUCACACAUUGCGGUCAAUACUAAGAUCGCAGCUACAGUUGCGGAACGAUUAGUCGCAGUUUCUUUUCAAGAUGAUACAAUAGGAUUGUGGCAUAUCGAUGAUGAAGGAAAAACCGAGAAAAAAGGAUUAUUCUCGAUGAACGUCUCAAUUGACAAUUUAUUCUUCGUUGGAACUCAAAUGGUGGCUCUUAGUAAAUCAGGAAAAGUUGGAAUUUGGCAUUCUGCAACACAAAAUUGGCAGGCACAGGACGUUCAACCAAUCUCAUGCUAUGACACAGCUGGGUCAUCUCUUAUUUUAGGAUGUGCAAAUGGAAGUAUGAACCAUAUAGACAUGCAGAAAUUCCCAUUACGAAUGAAGGAUAAUGAUUUGCUGGUGACAGAACUGUUCAGAGAUCCAAAUGGAGAAACAAUAACUUCUUUAUCUGUUUUUCUAACUCCAAAAACAUCAGCCUGUGGUAAUUGGAUCGAAAUCGCAUAUGGAACGUCGAAUGGAGUUGUCAAUCUCAUUUUACAACAUCCUGAAACUGCUGGCCAUCAGCCAGUUCUUUUUCAAAGUUACAAUAUUCACAAUUCUCCAGUUCAACGGGUUUCCCUGAACACAUCUCACCUGAUAAGCGUUUGUUCCGAAUACAACCACGUCAGAUCUUGGAAUGUAACCCGUUUUCGUGGAAUGAUUAAUACUCAACCUGGAACUGUACCUCUGGCAUCAUUUAAAGUACUCACUCUGGAUUCAAUUGAUGAGACAACUGAUAGGCAAUAUAAUCAUCCGGGACCUUAUGGAGAUCAAGAUUCAGAACAGGUUCUUAUUCAACGACUGAUUCCAAAUGCUCAGAAACUUUUCGUUAGAUUAGCUUCUACUGGAGAAAGAAUUUGCACAGUUGACUCUGUAGAGGACUCGCCGAUAACUGCGUUCUGUGUACACGAGCUUGAUGGACAGAAGUUGGGAAGUCGAUUAAGGAAAUAUUUAUUCUGUGGAAAUGGAAAUGGAAGUGUUCAAGUAUGGGAUUUAACUUCAGCACUUGACCAAUUUCAUCUUAAAAAUGGAUCACAUCCACAGCAACAACAAGUGAACCCACCUGCUGCUGCAAAUCAAUCGGAACUUAUCAAACCGCAAUUAGCACAGUCCCCAAGAUCGUUAAUCAAUUUGUCAAAUUAUUCCGGAGGACCUACCCCACAAGAGCUUCUCGACGUGAUUGAUGACAAUGACAUCUGCUGCUCGACACCUUCUCUUUCCCGUUGUCCAUCUGCUGCUUUUCAAUAGUUUUAGUUUAGCUGUGUACACAUUUGUUUCAAUUUAUAACCCAUCUUCCCCACUAUAUUUGUAUAUUUUGUACCUUUUUACUGCAUGUUUUAAUUUUGAUACACCGGUGAACUAUAUAAAAUCCAGUCAACCUG